CCACGUGCCACCUCACAGAGAAGUGAGAACUGGCGAUGGCGGUCAUUACCACCGUUCUCGUGCCGCUUACCCUCUGUUUGGUUGCCCAGAAAAUACAACAGUAAUUCUAACUGCCUCCAGCUGUUCUCGCUUCCUCGGCGAGAAGAGAUAAAGAACACUAAUUUUAUUGGAAACCAAACACAGUGUUAUUGUCAGUGUGAAGAGCAGCAUACUAUUUGAUCAUGGAAGCUCUGGAGAAAUCAGAAGAAACCGUCUCAAACCAUUCUCAAAAACUAGCAGGAACUGUCAACUGGGGCACAGCAACUGUGAUCGGAGUGUUUGCAGGCCUGUUUUAUGGUGGUAGCAAGGAGGCAUCUGCUUCAGUUAGCAAGGAUGCAGAAGUAAUGUUGAAGCUUGGGAGCACACCAGACAAGCGUGAACAAUAUCGUAUGAUGAGAGAUGCAAUGGAGAAAAGGUUCAUACGAGUCACUCGGGGCUCGAUAGUUGGUGGAGUGCGUCUUGGAUUGUUUACUGCUACGUUUUGUGGUAUACAAAAUCUGCUUGCUGAGAAAAGGGGCGUGCAUGAUGUUUUCAAUGUUGUUGGAGCCGGUUCAGCUACUGCUGCCACAUUUGGUCUAAUAAUGCCAGGAUCAUUGCCAUGGCGAGCAAGAAAUGUGAUGCUUGGUGCCGUCCUAGGAGCAGCGUUGGGUUUUCCAUUUGGGUGGGCGCAUUUGAAGCUGGUAGAGAAAGCAAAUGAAGGGAACCUGUCUGCACAUCCUGAUUCAGAUCAAAGAGAAGCAAGGAGUGGAGUUGAUGCAGCAAUUGAGAGGCUUGAAGAAAAUUUGAAUAAGUAGAACAUAAAAUUGAGCAAGGCUUGAAGAUCUCCCCAUUGGCCGGUGAGGAGGGAAGGAUGAAAAUCUCAGAGAAAGAGAAUAGGCUUCGUUUAUUGAGGAAUAAGAACACUCUAGUAACAAUUUCACAAUAUUUUGAAUGAUUUAUCGAUUAAUUUUCCAAUUUAUGAAGCAGAAUAACAAAGUC